ACCAACUGGUCGUGAGGUGCACCGCCACAUUUCUGUCAGCUUGUUGGUACAGUAGGUUGUUUUAAGGUCAAUUUAUUUAGGUAAGGCACUAAGUAGGCCUACAACAUUGCAUUACAGUGCAUACAUCAGACUUACGCAUGCAUCUGUUUAGACUGAAUAAUUUAAUAGAGAGAAUAAUUGUAUUCUAACCGGACAGAUAUUGCUCACAUGCAAGCGCACCCGUCUGUAUUUAGAGGACCGGGAGGCGCGUGCAACUGUCACCCAGGAUGGACUCUUCAAUGCAAGGGUUUCACGAGCUGUCUCUCACGCUCUGUGCCAUGCUAUUCUGGAGCUCUGUGUGCGCACGAGAGCUGACCUGUCAGGAGAUUUCGGUGCCUUUAUGCAGAGGGAUCGGCUACAACUACACCUACAUGCCCAACCGGUUCAACCACGACUCGCAAGACGAGGCCGGACUUGAGGUGCAUCAGUUCUGGCCGCUGGUGGAGAUCCAGUGCUCCCCGGACCUGCGCUUCUUUCUGUGCAGCCUGUACACGCCCAUCUGCCUCGAGGACUACAAGAAACCGCUGCCGCCGUGCAGGAGCGUGUGCGAGCGGGCGAAAGCCGGUUGCGCGCCGCUGAUGAGGCAGUACGGUUUCCCGUGGCCGGACCGAAUGAGGUGCGAUCUUCUGCCCGAGCAGGGGGAUUCAACCACAUUGUGUAUGGACUACAACAGGACGGAUAUGACUACAUCCUCAUCGGGCAUUGCAAAGCCAACGAACCGCCUGGGGAAACCGUACAACCGGAAAAAUAAAAGCGGUCAUGGACGCGUACCAGGUGGUAAACACAAAUCAUCAGGAUUAUCCUCGUGUGAGUGUCACUGUCGGGCGCCUAUGGUGACGGUAAGCGACCGCCAUCCCUUGUACAACCGGGUGCAAACGGGUCAGAUCCCGAAUUGUGCCAUACCAUGCCACAACCCAAAUCUUUCCCAGGAGGAGAGAACUUUUGCCACAUUCUGGAUCGGAGUUUGGUCGGUUUUGUGUUUCAUAUCUACGUUCGCCGCAGUUGCCACCUUCCUAAUUGACAUGGAGAGGUUCAAAUACCCCGAGCGCCCGAUUAUUUUCCUGUCCACCUGCUACAUGUUCGUAUCCGUGGGCUAUAUAAUCAGACUCAUUGCGGGUCACGAGAGGGUCGCUUGCAACCAAGACCACGAGGUGUACCACAUCCACUACGAGACCACGGGUCCAGCGUUGUGCACGCUCGUGUUUCUGCUCAUCUAUUUUUUCGGAAUGGCGAGCUCGCUCUGGUGGGUUAUUCUCACCCUCACCUGGUUCCUCGCAGCGGGAAUGAAGUGGGGAAACGAAGCCAUCGCGCGAUACUCUCAGUACUUCCACCUGGCCGCUUGGCUCAUCCCGAGCGUGAAGUCUAUCGCUGUGCUCGCGCUGAGCUCGGUGGACGGGGACUCGGUCGCGGGUAUCUGCUACGUGGGCAAUCAGAACUUGGAUAACCUGCGAGGCUUCGUGCUCGCGCCACUAGCGAUCUAUCUUUUUAUCGGAACGAUAUUUUUGCUGGCAGGUUUCGUGUCUAUGUUUCGGAUACGGAGCGUCAUUAAACAAGGAGGCACGAAAACGGACAAACUGGAGAGGCUGAUGGUUCGGAUAGGGAUAUUCACAGUUCUAUACACCGUUCUUGCCACUGUAAUUGUCGCGUGUUACUUUUACGAACAGCACAAUCGCGAGGCGUGGGAAAUCGCGCACACUUGCUCGUGUCCGGAGCACAGCGCGCCGAGACCGGAUUACGCUGUGUUUAUGCUCAAAUACUUCAUGUGCCUUUUUGUUGGGAUCACGUCCGGCGCGUGGACGUGGUCCGGUAAAACUGUUGACUCGUGGCGAGCCCUUUGCGCGCGCUGCUGCCGCUGGGGCGGUAAGGGCACGAGCGGUUCGGUUUACAGCGACGCGAGCUCGGGACUGACGUGGAAGUCGGGCACCGCGAGCUCGGUUUUGUGCCCCCCCAAACAAAUGCCACUGCCACGUGUGUGAUGACACGACGACAGAGAAGAAGAAAAGACUUUUAAAAACACUGCUUUUCAAAGUAAGCAAUUGCUGCUUUCCUGACAGACGAGUGCGGGAUCAAAUCAACAUUAUAUGUCCAAACUAUCUGUCAGAACAACACUGCUCGUUUUUGGUAUAUAUAGAAUACAAAUGUACCAUGUUAUUUGGAAUGUGCCUUAUAAAGUGCCUUACGGGUUUUUAUAUUUUCUUAUGUAUUUAUAAGGAUGUUAUUAUAACAACGACAUAGAAUGUGCUUAAACUGUAGCCUAUACAAGAUUGUGUAUAUUAAAAAAAAACUAUUUUGACAAUAAAACAC